AGCGGACCAAUCAGCGAGCGCCGUAACGAGCGAGGCAGCAUUUUAAACUUAUAUCGGAGACUGUUGUCAAAAGGCAGGAUAGGACAGCGCAGCAACCACCGGGAAGGAAGUCUGCCGAAUUAUUUUAAAUCUGCCUCAGGGUUUUUGUUUUUUUUAAAUAUCGAAAGCCCUAUGCAUUAUACAUUUGAGUCAAAUGUUAAUUAACUCUUAUUUACAAAGAGUGUUAAGCUUAGUUUUGAUUUAAAUUCCGAGGCGUAUGAGAGUAAGCUAGUUUCCAAGGGUAAUCCAGCGUCGGUUGAGUUGGGGUUAACAAUAGUUUGACUCUGGUAUUUAUCAUCGUGAAUUCCAGUGUUGGCGGAGUUUUAAGUGUUUUCUGUUAACACACCGAGGAGCACUUUAAUCCACCAUGAGUGCUGCUAUCGCAAAACCGGCGAAUCCGUCGGGACAUGUGGACCCUAAAUCUGCACCUCUGAAAGAAAUCCCUGACAUUCUGGUAGAUCCACGCACGAUGAGAAGAUACACUAGGGGAAGAUUCCUCGGAAAAGGUGGUUUCGCGAAGUGCUACGAAAUCACAGACGUGGAGACCAAGCAGGUUUUCGCUGGCAAAAUUGUGCCUAAAUCCCUGAUCCUGAAGCAGCACCAGAGGGAAAAGAUGACUUCCGAAAUUGCCAUUCACAAGAGUCUUAAUCAUGCGAACGUGGUGGGAUUCCACGGGUUUUUCGAGGACGACGACUUUGUCUUUGUGGUCCUGGAGAUCUGCAGGAGACGGUCCCUUCUGGAGCUGCACAAACGUCGCAAGGCUGUGACUGAACCCGAGGCUCGCUACUACAUGACCCAGCUGCUAAAGGGGGUCCAGUACCUGCACAACAACAGAGUCAUCCACCGAGACCUGAAGCUGGGCAACAUCUUCCUUAACGAUGAGAUGGAUGUCAAAAUAGGGGACUUCGGUUUGGCCACCAAGAUUGAGUUUGACGGCGAACGGAAGAAGACUUUGUGUGGAACACCCAACUACAUCGCUCCCGAAGUGCUCUGUAAAAAAGGCCACAGCUACGAGGUGGAUGUCUGGUCACUGGGAUGCAUACUGUACACUCUGCUGGUGGGGAAGCCCCCGUUUGAGACCUCCUGCCUGAAGGAAACCUACAACCGCAUCAAGAAAAACAACUACACAAUCCCCUGGCACAUCAACCCUUCGGCGUCCGCGCUCAUCAAGAGGAUGCUGCACGCCGACCCCGCCCAGAGGCCCACCCUGGCCGAGCUGCAGGCCGACGAGUUCUUCACCUCGGGCUACAUCCCCCUACGGCUGCCCACCACCUGUCUGACCGUGCCCCCCCGCUUCUCCAUCGCCCCCUCCACCGCUCCGGAGAUCAGCCAGAGGCGCCCCCUGACCGCGAUAAACAACAAGGCUGAAACGGAGAAAGGGGAGAUGAAGGAUGAACUGAUGCAAAGGGAGCCCGAACCUUCCGAAUCCCACCUGAAAGACAUGCUGCAGCAGCUCAACAGCAUAAUCUCCGCCAAGCCCGCCGAGAAGCCCAUCAUACGUCAGGAGGAAGCGGAGGAUCCUGCGUGCAUCCCCAUUUUCUGGAUCAGCAAGUGGGUUGACUACUCGGAUAAGUACGGACUGGGCUACCAGCUCUGUGACAACAGUGUGGGCGUCCUUUUCAACGACUACACUCGUCUCAUCAUGUACGCCGACGGGGACAGCCUGCAGUACAUCGACAAGGCCACAGCCGAGUCCUACAUGAGCGUCCGCUCCUUCCCCGCCACUCUCAACAAGAAGAUUACGCUGCUGAAGUACUUCCGCAACUACAUGAGCGAGCACCUCCUGAAAGCCGGCGCCAACAUGGCCCGGCGGGACGGGGACGAGCUGGCCCGGCUGCCCUACCUCUCGCUCUGGUUCCGGACCAAGAGCGCCAUCGUCCUGCACCUCAGCAACGGCACCGUUCAGAUCAACUUCUUCCAGGAUCACACCAAGCUGAUCCUGUGUCCUCUCAUGGCCGCGGUGACCUACAUCGACGAGAAGCGAGACUUCCGCACCUACAAGCUGUCUCUGCUGGAGGAGUUCGGUUGCUGUAAGGAGCUCGCCAGCCGCAUGCGUUACGCCAAGCUCAUGGUAGAGAAACUGCUGGACAGCAAGCCUUCCUCCAGCGCCCACUAGAAAAACCGACCGUUGAACACGAAACCUUUUAAAUGCAUUUUAAAAAGGGAGGAGGUGGUAACAUUGGCUGUUUAUGGAAACAUAAUUCCAGCCUCUGAUAUAUUAUUGUUUUGUAAUCUUCCCUUCUUUCCGUACACUCUGACUCUUAACUUUUCCGUGAGGCUUUAUUUAGACAGACACAUUCCCUCUGACUUUUACUAUCGAAUUGCUGACGGCACAGCAGGCAGAUCUCAUACGUUCAAAUUAGCCUCGGAAGCACAGAUGGAAGAUUGGUUCCAAUACAUCAUCUGAAAGUUUGGACGUUUUCCUCCACUCUGUUUAUUUGUGCACGUGCCGUGCCUUUAAAUGUGUUUGUCUGUUUGUGUGUGUGUGUGUGUGUGUGGACGGAGCCCGAUGGUGGGGAGUGAGACUCCGAACGCCUCUCUGGUCUGCUUCUCUGGUUUUCUGUUUCCGUCUGUGUGUAGAGAAACGGACCAUGUUGACGUCUUCAUCAUGUACAUUCUUCCUGUAGUUUUUACUCGUUUCUUUUUUUAAUAACAAAUUCAGAUGUUGGUUUCAACAAGAUGUACAAACUUGUACAGACUGCUGAAUAUACGUACAUGUUGUAAAAAGGGUUUAACUUUAUCCAAGUUUAAAUAAAGAUUCUCUUGAACCAGGCCAAUUAUUCCUAAGGGGAUUUUUGUAUUUAGCUUUUUCUUGAGGACCAAGAAUCUAACUUCAACAUGG